UAUCAUUCGGCUUCAUCUUCAUCCUCCCCAUCUUCAUCCCCCGUCAGAAUGUGUUCUGUCAAUCCCUGCCCGGAUUUGCCAGCAUCCACAUUCCGCCAUGAUUCAUUGAACCAGAAGCUUUCCCCGCAUGCAUUUCCCCGUCGAUCCGCCAUGCAUUCCUAUAAAGCUGCCCCAUUCCUGCAUAUCCGUCACAUUAUUUAUUGGCUUUCUUCCGUCAAAUUCCCGCCUGCCUGUUUCCUUCCGCCCUCGUCUUCAUUCGAAACAGUUGUGGGUGGCUUUGGUCGAUCAUUGCCCCAUCAAAGUGCUCAGGAAGUUCCAUUGCAUCAUCGGCUUACCCCGGCCCUGUCAAUCAGGCAGUCAGGGAUCCCCGGAAUCCUUUACCUUCCUCUCUGGCUCCCCAGGACCUGCCUCUACCCCCGAUUACACUGGCUGUGACUUAAAUCUCUCACAAUGCGAUCUCUCGUGGUGCUGGCCACUGCUCUGCAAGCCACUGUCGCUACGGCCUCGACUCUCACGCCUCCAGUUCUGCCCCUGGUCGUGCGCAAUCCCUACCUGAGCACUUGGCUGGGGAAUGCCCGCGAUGAACCGUGGUCUAAAUGGCCGAUCUUUUACACCGGCGAGGAGAUAGGCUUCUCCCUGAUGGCUCAAGUUCCCAGCACGGGCACAGUCUAUCCGUUGCUGGGCAAGCCUCAUGUUUCUUUGUCGUCUGAUUCUGGCUCGCCUCCGGUCGAGUACCCGACCUAUCUCGGUGCCAAAUAUGACGCGUCGACGACCAACUUGACCUAUCACAUUAACUCGUCUUCGUCUGCCUCCUCUGCUUCGUCUCCCUUGGAGAUCACGGUCUCGUUCCUGUCCCCCAUCACGCCCACGUCGACUCUGCGGCAGUCGAUUCCCGCUUCCUACGUGACAGUUCACGUUCAAGGUGAUGUGGGACUCAAUAUCUACAUGGAUGUCAAUGGGGGCUGGGUGAGCGGAGACUCUGGAAGCCAAAUCAAUUGGCAGUAUGAUGGGAUAGGCUCCCAAAGCAGCAAGCCAGUCCUGCAGCGAUGGCAACUGCGACGAGAGUCUGAAUUGCUCCUUUCAGAGAUCCGUGAUCGCGCAGAAUGGGGUACUCUUCACUUUACUGGUCCUUCGGAUGUCGAAUAUCAAUCCGGAGACGCUUCGGAAGUGCGGCAAGCAUUCGCAUCUAGCGGAGCCCUGCGCAACAAGCAUGACGAUGCGUUCCGCGCGAUUGGAGACCGUGAGCCCGUGGUUGCCUUCUCGAAAUCCUUCAACUCCUCUCGGAAGAACGGCGAUAGCGUGACCUUCACUGUUGCCCUAAUUCAAGAUCCGGUGGUCCAAUUUGCCUCGUCUCGUGGAUUGACUUUAAUGCGGCCUCUCUGGGAAUCAUGGUUUCCUAACGUCGAGUCGCUGUUGAGCUUUCACUACCAUGAUUUUGCCGACGCAGCGGCCUUGGCCUCCAAUUAUUCUGAGCAAUUGACUGAAGAUGCUUACCAGUCGGGGGCGGAUGAUUAUGUGGACAUCGUAGCACUUUCGGCACGACAGGUCAUGGGAGCUACAACUUUCUCCGGUACCCCUGAAGAUCCGACCCUGUUCCUGAAGGAGAUCUCUUCCAACGGCAACUUCCAGACCAUUGAUGUCAUCUUCCCUUCGUUCCCGUUCUUCCUAUAUACCAACCCUCGAUGGCUAGCAUAUCUCUUGGAGCCCUUGAUCGAGCAUAUGCUGAGCGGACAGUACCCGAACUCCUAUGCUAUGCACGAUCUUGGGGCGCAUUUUCCUAACGCCACGGGCCAUCCAGAUGGCAAGGACGAAUACAUGCCCGUGGAAGAAUGUGGAAACAUCAUUAUCAUGGGAUUGGCACUCGCAAACUCCUUGCGUUACGACGACGAUUCAUCCGCGUCUUCUGUCUGGUCAACCCAAGGUGUACCUCCCCAGAUUCGGGAAGAGACAUCAGGUUACUUCCCCCUUUCCAGUCUUCAGGGAAUCGGUGGAAUUGACAAGCAGGACGGCAAAUGGGGUGGUGGCUCAGAAGGCGAGCACCAGGCGAAAAAGUGGAUUAAACGCAGCUACCGACUCUGGAAACAAUGGACUGGGUACUUGGUGGAAUUCGCUUUGGAGCCUGAAAAUCAACUCUCUACGGAUGACUUCGCUGGCUGGCUCGCGCUCCAGACGAACUUGGCGCUGAAGGGCAUUGUCGGCAUCAAUGCCAUGAGCAAGUUGGCUGAAAUCGCUGGACACGACUCGGACGCUUCUUACUACAAGAACAUCUCGGAUACAUACGUUGCCAAAUGGGAAGAAUUCGGCAUGUCGCGGGACCAGACGCAUGCCAAAUUGGCCUAUGACUGGUACGGCUCGUGGUCGACCAUCUACAAUCUUUAUGCCGACGCCCAGCUCUGUUUCCACCUGGACGGCACCGACAUCUCACCACGCGACAACUCCCAGUCCCCCCUCACACCCCCUCCGUCGAAGAAGACUGGUUUCAUCCCGCGCCACAUUUACCAGAGACAGUCCAUCUGGUACCACAACGUGCGACAGAAAUACGGACUCCCGCUUGACAGCCGGCACCUGUACACCAAGACCGACUGGGAGUUCUUCUCCAUGGCGGUGGUCAGCAAGCCCGUGCGCAGCGAGAUCCUGGAAUCCGUGGCCAAAUGGAUCAACGAGACGGUCACCGAUCGUCCCUUAACCGACCUCCAUAACACCGAGGGGGAUGGCGGAUUCCCCGGCCCUAACUUCUUCGCGCGCCCCGUGGUCGGCGGCCACUUCGCCUUCCUGGCGCUCCAGCGUGCCUGCGGUGGCAAAGCCAGGGACGGUCUGGCUUUCCUGGACGAAGGUCACGACGAGGCUUUCUCGACAGAGACCCUGGCCGAGUGGUCUGCGGCGGCUGAAGAGGCCGUCGUCCAGUUGCAGCACCCGGGCUAUGGUUCUGAGAGAGAAGACCUGUAGACCUGUGAGCAAGUAUAUUAUAUUGGCAUUUAUGCACCUCAGCACAAGGUUGUGUUUCUUUCCAAUUGAUUGUCAAUCUAACUAUCUGUUGGGCUUCUUUUGAGCUACUACUACCAGUAGUUUGGCUUUAUGUCUCAAGAAUCUUGGAGGUUUCAUCUAGUGUCAUUUAGGGCUCUUUACUC